AUGAAUAAGGUUCAGGCGAUUACCUGGUGUACUCUACUGUUGUCGAUAGCGACGAGAGCACAGCAACAAACCACGGACUCGACUGACGAUGACAGAAGCAACAGCAUCGAUCAAAAACCUUCUGUAAGAUUAGACCCGUACAUUCGAAAAGCUUUACUGAAGGCUCUCAGUGAACUCGAGGAAAGCGACAAUCUUUCAACAGGUACCGACACUACAGAGGAAUCGUCUACUGUCGACUCAUCCAUUUAUAAAACUGAUUCAAUCGCGGAAACUUUACAGCCUCCAGCUCCCGAAGAGAAAAUACAAAUACAUUCAUUUGUUGUGAAUGGCCAAGCAGCAUUUGCUAACAGUACCAACGUAACACCAACUAUAAUAGAUAAUAGAAUUUCUAUUCUAAGCACCACUGCAGGAAAUGUAGAAAAUCAUGUGACAGCCACUCUUCCAACGCAAACUCCAUUUAGUGAAGCUUUUCAAUCAAAAGAUAGCUCUAUUAACAUCCAACAAGUAAGAAGUAUUCAGACCACAUUAAAUACGGAUACGACUAAGAGUAAAAAUCAAAUAUUAACAACAAAACCUACAACAAUAAAAACUACUACAACAACAACUACCACGACAACCACGCCAAAGCCAACACACAACGAAGACGGAGAAAAUAUUGAGGAGGUCGACAAGAAAGAUGUACAAGUUUUUCAAGCGCCUCUUGUAGCAGCAUUCACUGUACACCAAGAUGCGCAAGGAUUACCCAAAAAAGUUAUACCUAUCUAUCAACAGACUAAUAGACAGACUAUAUCACCUACUCUUCCUUCCGGCGUUCUAUCAACUCAAUUCACAAGACAGACUUCAACUACUCAAAAUUUGAACGUUAGCCCAGUUCAGCGGCCAGAAUUCAUUGAACAACAACUUGCUUUACAAAAACAAUUGGAAGAGAAACAAAAAAUUCUUGAAGAACAACUUAGAUUAUUACAGCAACAACAAAGACAGCAAGAGGAACUUUUGAGAAAACAACAAUAUCUUUUACAACAAAAAGAAGCACAGAGACAGCAACAAUUACUUUUUGAUCAAGAACAACUUAAACGACAACAAUUACAGGCAAAUAACGUAGUUAACCAGAUACAAGGUCUACAGAAAAACUUACAACAGAUCCCCUUUUUAAACCAAAAUAUUCCACAGGCUCAAAAUUCACAGGUAUCAAUCCAACCUAGUGUAACAUUAGAUCAGAAUAACCUAGUGGGUAAUCAACAGCAACUUCCUAACCGCGAAGCAGUUGACUUUUUGCUUCAUCUACGUAGCCAACAAUCGGAACAAUUUCCCUUACAAGAGAACCAUCUACCACAAGGUAUCAGCAAUUUUCUACAGCCCAACCCAAUUUCAAAUUUCCAAGGGUCAAAUUUCAAUCAACUUCGAUUGAACGAUCAAUUUGGACAACAAAAACAAAGUCACCGAGUUUUCCGUCAUGAGAGUAGUGUUGGCAAUUUUGGAUUUAACAACCAAAACUAUAAUAGAUUUAGUACUUUUACUCCAAUCAAUUCAAACCGUUUUUUUCCAUUCAACAGGCCAAAUCAAUUUAACCCCGAUCUUGAAUUAAAACAGCUCUUGGUACAAAACGGUCUAAACGGAAGAAGUCAUGAAGACUUAAACAUCGUUACCAAAGUUUUGUCACUUAAUCAUGGAAUACCUUUGAAUGGCAAUAUAUCCAAUAAAUUACCUUUUGACAGCCGGAGGCAUGUCAGGCCAAAUGCAUAG